GUCCUUCCAUUUUUAAGUUCUUGGCAGCCAUCGUUCUUCCAGUCAUGGUCUCUUUGCCACUCUCUUCACAGACCGAGACUCCCAUCACAGAAUCGCAUAGCAUUCGCCAAAUGUACCAACCGAAACGGCAACAAUGGCAGUAAUAACAAAACUAACAAGGGUUCUUUCUUAUUUUGUUAACAAUAACAGUAACAAAAUCCUGAGUUCCACAAGAUCCGAAGCAUGCGCUUCUGGGUUUGCCCGGUAUUCGUCAUCUGCUGCUGCAGCGGCGGUGGCAACUGAGGUGGAUAUGGAUGUGGUUGGGUCCAGAGGAGUUGGGUUGGAGAUGUUGGGAGUGAAAGAUUAUGAGGAUUAUAGGAGGUCUUUGUAUGGUGAAAUUACUCAUAAGGCUUUGCUUGUUGAUGCUGCUGGUACCCUGGUUGUUCCUUCAGAGCCCAUGGCCCAAAUAUAUAGAAAGAUUGGGGAGAAGUAUGGAGUGCAAUAUUCUGAGGAUGAGAUACUGAACAGAUAUAGAAGGGCUUAUGAGAAACCUUGGGGUCAAUCUCGGCUUAGAUAUGUAAAUGAUGGAAGACCUUUCUGGCAAUUCAUAGUCAGUUCUUCUACUGGCUGCUCAGAUUCUCAGUACUUUGAAGAACUCUAUAACUACUAUACCACUGAAAAGGCUUGGCGCCUCUGUGAUCCUGAUGCUGAGAAAGUAUUCAAGGCUCUUAGAAAGGCAGGUGUGAAGUCUGCUGUUGUGUCUAAUUUUGACACUCGACUUAGACCUCUUCUGCAGGCUUUAAAUUGUGAUCAUUGGUUCGAUGCUGUGGCAGUUUCAGCUGAAGUAAGAAUCACUACAUCUCUUAUCCCCAGUCCUCUCUGCUUGGAAGAUUUUAAAUGGAAAGAAUAUAUGCGGCACAAUAAUGCUGUUUUGCAUGUGGUUGCAGCAGAGAAGCCAAAUCCAACAAUAUUUCUAAAAGCCUGCGAGUUAUUGGGAGUAAAACCUGAGGAUGCUGUGCAUGUAGGCGAUGAUCGUAGAAAUGAUAUAUGGGGUGCAAGAGAUGCAGGCUGUGAUGCAUGGCUUUGGGGAAGCGAUGUCCACUCCUUUAAGGAGGUUGCACAAAGGAUAGGGGUGAAGAUUUGAGAUCGUUUUCGUUUUUCUUUCGCAUCACAUUGGAGGUUCUCUAUAUGUAUAGGUGUACUGUAGAUCUUAAAGAGGAGGUUCUGUGCUGUGGUCUGACUAUAUCAUGUAGAGAAGAGAGUUCUGAGGCCACAACCAGUGUGAGAACAGAACAGAUAAUCAGCAAUAAUAUAGCUUUCUCUUUUAAAUGCCUUACUUUUCUGUGUUGCUUUGGGCUUGUUUCUUCUUGUUGAUGAUGAACAUAGAUGCUGCAUAUGAUGCAGCAGAUAAUAAGAUGAGUUGCAUAGCUAGUAUAUAAUAAGAUCAGAUCAAAAUCUUCCUCUUUA